GUCGAUAGUCAGCUGGUAUCGAUCACUUGUUUACAAGUGCUUUUCGCAAUGUUUAAAACGUAAGCAAUCCGCGUAAAAACUAGGAUUAGCCAACUUGGGAGCGAGGAACUGGAAAAUGAGGAGCGAGCGUAGUUGAAGGAACCACCCAGCCUACCACCCACAACGUCCACCCACUCCGAAGGUCAAAUGCUGCCCACUUACGAGCGUUUCAGUGAUCCCAAAAGCGUCCUUUUCCGACUUCCCUUCGCAAGAUUGGCAGUGGUGGCUCUCAGCCUGCCCCUCGGAGGAUUCUUCUUCUGCGUGAUUUGGUCGCUGACCUUCGACUUCGUCAGGAGCACCUACACCCACUGCGAUGUGACCAACUAUCUGCCCUCCGUCUCGGCGGCCAUUGGAAACUACGAGCCCCAGAAAACCGUUUGGAGGCUGGCCAUCUUCCUGCAUUUACCACUCCGCCUGGCGGUGGCGAAAAUCUACUUGGAACACUACCGGGAGCACAUCCGCCGGAGCAGAAGGUUGCUGGGCAUCCUGGCCUGCUUCCUGAACGUCGUGGAGGAUCUGGCCCUCUUCUGCCUAUCGUUCUGGACCUCUGCGGAUCACUAUGAGACCCACAGGAACGCCUUUGUGGUGUUUAUCGCCUGCUCGGAGUGCUACAUGCUGAUGUCCUACCUGCUAAACAGGAAUAUCCGGAAGACCGUGCUCUUGCCGCACGAGGAGAAGUCGCUGCGGUACAAGAGGAACCUCUUCCUGGUGAAUGUGGUGGCCUUCGGGCUGGCGGGAUACUGCUUCGUGCGGCACAACUCGCAUUGCGAGGCGGGAGUGUACACCUUCUUCGCCUUGUUCGAGUACAUCGUGGUGCUGACCAACAUGGGCUUCCACAUGACCUCCUACUGGGACUUCUACGCCCUCAACGUGGUCUGCGAUGCCAAGCACGGCCUUUACCUUUCGCAAAUCUAGACAAAUUCAAUCAAUCCCCGCCAGCGCCGCCACAUCAUCCAGCCAAUCGUCCCCGGCUAUUCUGUACAUACGCGGUAUUAGCUUAAGCUCAAGGUUUACUUAAUUUUACCAGAAGGGAGCUGAAUCCGAGGGAUUCCGACAGGAAACGAUUCAGUAUGACCGGAUCUGAUGCAUACACACGCUUUUAGUUAGGGCUUUAUCACGAUUUUAUUUAAGAUUAAAAUGUCUGAAGGAUUUAGGUAAAUUCGAAACGAGUUCCACGAUUAUGUAACGCAUUAUUUAUACGUCCUCUUAAGACCAGGCUUUAAUAAGGUUAUAUUUAUACACACUCGAUUUGCAAUUGGCCUUAUGGCUCUAGUAUUUCGUAAGCAUAAAAUUGUAUUUAUUUGAAUUCCAAUCAAUGCCGAUUUUAAAAUUUUUUAUAAUAAAAUAACUCCGCGAUUUUUAAAUUA